AUGAACCGAUCUUCUUCCAACAAUACAUCCACCGGUGAAUCAGGAACUCAUCGAUGGCCUCCUGCUCUUCCCAAUGCUCAUCAACCACCACCACCACCUCCUCCGCAUAUGGGUCGCAAUGUCCGCCCUCGUAAUAUGGCUCGCAGAUCACUACCGACCCAUGAAGCUCAAAAACGUAUCACCAAUUUUGGUCCUUAUUGGUUACCAUCCCCAUAUAUGACACCUGACUUAGUUCCAUAUCAACUAACCCCCGUGCGUGCUUUAGCACCGGAAUAUUCUCAAACUGAAACGACAAAUCUUGCAGUGCCGAAGCUGUUUGCAGCCCGAAUUGUGCAGCUGAAAGAAGAGUUGAGAUUGGAAGACGAAGGGGAGGCCGUAAAAUGGCUUCUUAAGCAAUCUGAACCAGCCAUUAUCUCCGCCACUGGAACUGGUACGAUGCCAAUCAUGAGAUCCUCCUCUGCCGGCCAUUCCAACGUUCGUCGUGGUGGACCGUUGGUUAUCAGUGCUCCGCUAGCGGGGAAUGAUUAUGAUACUGAUCAUGGUGAAUCAUCUACUGGGGAUAACGAGUGA